UUAGUCUUCCUCUCUUUUUCUUAUUUAUCUGUUUUGGAGAUACGUCUGGAAAGUUUUUCUUUCUUCUUCUUUGGGUGUUAAAGGAUGACUUAUUUCCCUGAAGAGGUUGUAGAACAUGUGUUUGACUUCCUCACGUCACACCGUGACCGGAAUGCGGUGUCUCUUGUCUGCAAGUCUUGGUAUAGGGUGGAGAGAUGGAGCAGACAGAGGGUUUUUAUAGGGAAUUGUUAUACCAUUAGUCCAGAGAGAGUAAUUGCGAGGUUUCCCAGGAUUAAGGCUCUUACGUUGAAAGGGAAGCCGCAUUUUGCCGAUUUCAAUCUGGUUCCUCAUGAUUGGGGUGGUUUCGUCCAUCCAUGGAUCGAGGCAAUGGCUAAGAGCUAUCCGGGGCUUGAAGAACUCAGGCUUAAAAGGAUGGUGGUCUCCGAUGAGAGCCUUGAGCUGCUCUCUCGUUCCUUUCCGAACUUUAAGUCUCUGGUUCUGGUUAGCUGUGAAGGAUUUACUACAGACGGCCUCGCAGCCAUAGCUGCAAAUUGUAGGGUUCUUAGGGAACUGGAUUUACAAGAAAUUGAAGUUGAGGAUCGCAAGGGACAGUGGUUGAGCUGUUUCCCCGAUAGCUGCACAUCACUGGUAUCACUGAAUUUUUCAUGUCUCAAAGGAGAAGUGAAUUUGGGUGCUCUUGAGAGGCUUGUUGCUAGAAGUCCAAACCUCAAGAGUCUGAAGUUAAACCGGACAGUACCAUUUAGAACUCUCUACACAAUCCUCUUGCAGGCACCUCAACUGGUGGACUUAGGCACAGGGUCUUACGUUCAUGAGCCUUAUGCAGAGCACUACGUGAAUCUUAUGAAUGCUGUUCUCAAUUGUAAAUCAAUUAGGAGCUUGUCUGGGUUCUUGGAGGUUGCUCCUCGCUGCCUGCCUGCAAUUUACCCCAUUUGCUUGAACUUGACAUCCUUGAACUUGAGCUUUGCACCGGGUAUUAAGGGUAGUGUACUCAUCAAUUUGAUUCACCAGUGCCGGAAACUUCAGCGCUUAUGGAUAUUGGAUUGUAUUGGAGACAAAGGGCUAAAAGUUGUAGCUUCUACUUGUAAAGAACUGCAGGAACUUAGGGUGUUCCCAUUUGAUCCCUAUGGUGGGGGAAAUGAAGCUGUAACCGAAGAAGGCCUCGUUGCCAUAUCUAUGGGUUGUCCAAAGCUUCAAUCUUUGCUAUAUUUUUGCCUCCAGAUGACAAAUGCAGCCCUCAUUACAGUAGCGAAAAACUGCCCCAAUUUCACCCGCUUCAGAUUGUGCAUCCUUGACCCAAAGAAACCUGAUCAUUCGACUCUGGAGCCGCUGGAUGAAGGAUUUGGGGCGAUUGUUCAGUCAUGCAAGGGCCUUAGGCGGUUGUCACUUUCUGGCCUUCUUACGGAUCAGGUUUUUCUUUACAUCGGAAUGUAUGCUGAGCGAUUAGAGAUGCUUUCAAUUGCAUUUGCUGGGGACAGUGAUAAGGGAAUGCUGUAUGUUCUAAAUGGGUGCAAAAAUCUCAAGAAGCUGGAGAUACGGGAUAGCCCCUUCGGUGAUGUUGCACUUCUAACGGACGUAGGGAAGUAUGAAACAAUGCGAUCCCUUUGGAUGUCGUCCUGCGAUGUUACACUUGGUGGCUGCAAGAUUCUUGGGAAGAAGAUGCCAAGACUCAAUGUAGAGAUCAUAAAUGAACACAAUCAGUUGGAACAUAGCCUCAAUGAGAGUCAGAAGGUGGAGAAGAUGUAUGUUUAUCGAACCUUGGAUGGACCCAGGAUGGAUGCACCAGAUUUUGUCUGGACUUUAUAAAUGCUAAUGACA